CCUAUAUAUACCGAGCUAAUAAUCCGGUUUGAGCUGAUCGAUUAAUUUUACAGCAUUGGAAUGUUUUAGAGAAUAUUCUCAAUUAUAGAGAAAAAUGUCGAUAGAAGAUCCCUUUUUCGUUGUAAAAGAAGAAGUACAAAAGGCCAUCCAGACCUCUCAAAACCUACAUGACAGAUGGUCAGAGUUGGUUAGUAAUCCCAAGUCGGUGUCCAAGGAGGAACUGGAGUGGACAACCAGUGAACUGAGGAACAGUCUGAGGAGCAUUGAGUGGGACCUCGAGGACCUGGAGGAGACAGUUGGAAUUGUAGAAAAAAAUCCAAGAAAGUUCAAAAUCGAUCAGAAUGAGCUUCAAGAGAGGAGAGCAUUUAUUGACAGAAGUAAAGCCACUGUCAGGAGAAUGAAAGAUGAUUUAGCCAGUCCACAAGCCAAAGGAAAGGAUGACGGGGAUGUGCGCCAGGCUCUCCUGCAUGGACAAAAUAAACAGUAUGAUAAAUAUACAAGACUAGACCAAGAGAUGGAACGAUCCAACCAGAGAUACCUGGACGAUACCAGCCAACAGCAGCAGAUGAUUAUCAGAUCCCAGGAUGACCAGCUGGAUAUGAUAGGGUCCAGUGUAGGAGUCCUCAAAAACAUGAGCCACCAAAUCGGCAACGAGCUUGAGGAACAGAAUCUCAUAUUAGAUGAAUUUGGACAUGAAAUGGACAAUACAGAAUCCAGAAUGGACACCACCAUGAAGAAAAUGGCCAAAGUGAUGCACAUGUCCAAUGACAAAAGACAGUGGUGUGCCAUUGUGCUAGCCACUGGUCCAGUGAAUUGGACCACAUCUUCCUCUCACUGUGUAGCGAAAUACGACUCUCGGCUCAUCCCCCGGAGCUACAUAGAUGACCGCAAUCUGACAGGGGACAUCAUCAAGGAGCUGGGGGUUGGUGUCUCGGCCUGGAUCGACGGGAAAACGCAACACAUCGGUUGUUUCCAAGAAACGUGUCUAACGAUUAAAAUGUUACAUCAAAAAGAAAACAGAAAAUUACCAUAUGUCUGUGAUAUCGUGACUCAUUGUUGGUUUUACAAUGUUUUGGAAUUCAAAGUGAACGAUCAAGGUACUUCUGUUCGUAAUGAAGAGGAAGUAUCGACAUUAGACGGGGGCCUAACGUUAAACGGUCACUGGGGGGAGCUCCAACAAAGCGCGGGAAACGACACGGACUAUCUGCCGACAGACAGGUCUAAUGAGAGAAACCUACUAGAGAUUCAGGAGUACAUAUCCUUCGGCGUGGCUGGGUUUAGCUUGGUCCUGGUUCUUGUUACCAUGUGUAUCAGUAUUCUACUCUGGAAAAGAGUGUCGUCAAAGCUGAACACCCUGACAAAGUAUGUGUACGAGGUGAGAAAGCCCAGGAAGAAAACCAGGGGAAACAGGAGUGUGGCCUACGAGAGACUUCCGGUGUUCAGCCCCGAGCUCUCUACCCGAGUCAAAGUCCCCAGUAUGCCCGACGAGAAUCCUUACUCCCGCAUCAACCAGAACAACACAGACUGAGGAGAACGUUAUAACUGUUGUUGCUGUGUUUUCAUUGUAUAGUUUUAUUUAGAUAACUGUAAAAAUGUGUGACUUUUCGAUUGAGACUUUAACUGUUUAAGGUUUUCAUGUGUUAUAUAUUAACUAACACAAAACUUUCACCAUGCUAUAUGGAUUACAUGGGAUUAUUUUUCAAGCGCCAGUUCUUAAACGUGUGAAAUGUUAUUUUAUUUUGACGUUUAAGCUCUCCAAAGAAAGCUUACCGAAGAAAUAAGCUCUAGUGAGCUUUUCUUGAUGUUCCCGGGGGGGGGGGGGCUAUUAAAGGUAAAUGUGGCGUAUUUUUUUCAUGCUAAGAAAUAUUGAAAUAUUGAUUGAUUUAUUUAAAUAUGUUAUAUAAACACGUAUCUUCACAAUAAAUUACGCAGUUUAUAUCAAUCGGGUUAAAAAGAUAUAAAAAUUAAUAAAUUUUAUAAUUAUUGUGGAGUCCACAAUAAAUAAUCCCGCCUGAAAUCGGUCACAUGACACCACGCUCAGUCUAUCACAACAACAAUGGCGACGACGAGAAAGAUAAGUAUACCGUUAAGCAGCUGUUAAGUUUGACAGAUUUGGCAAAGAAUGAAAAAAGAGACAGACUGUUUUUAUCAUGAAGUUGUAGGGGUUUUACCGUGUCGUUGAUGCUAAAAGCGUGUUUCAUCUUUAUUACACGUAAUUAGCAAUUUAUCGUUCUACAUUAAUGAAUAACGGAAUAAUAAUGCUUCGGGUAUCAUCUGAUAUAAGAGUUAUCUAAUUUAAGACAUGAAAAACGUGAUUCUAAUUUGUAAACAAACUCUUCUUCCAUCGUGUUUUCAAUACUAGGUUUUCCCGAAUUUAAAUGUUGAAUACUUAUUUAACUUCAAAAGUUUUCCUUAAAAUAUGCAAUGAUGUAACUAGUUCCUCAUAAAUCAAAUAAUAACUAGUAUUUCCAUUUAAACUUUAAACUUUUGUCCAUUGAGAUUUGCCUCAUCAAACGGUGUAAUAUAAUCCAUCCUGUUUUUAGUGAUGACACACACAUCCACAUUGCUUUCUGAGCCCAGAUCAUGAGAUAUACCAGCCUCAAUUGCAUCUUGCACAGAUUUUUUUUGGCCUUCUUUUUUCUGUGAAACAAGAACCUAGUCAUUAGGCGUGUGUGUGUAUACCUUUCACAAUGUCUAGCUGUUCCCAUUUGUAUCAUUCUCUAUGAUUAAGCAUUAACCCAAAAUUUAAUUUAACUCUUUCCAGAACCACUGGGCUUAUUUAAACCAAAGUUGGCGUAAAGCAUUCUUGGAUGAUUGGAAUGCAAGUUAUAAUAAAAGCAUUCUCAGGUACUGUAGAUUCCAGAUCGUUCAAAUCAUGAUCUCCUUGGUAAGGGCCACAUGUUUUUACUUAGAAAUAAAAAGAGAAAUUUUUUUCUCUGAACUGAAACAAUAGGUAUAUCACUCCAUUUUUCCAAUAUAUUAUAAAUAUCUACUGUUGCAAAAUAAAUAUAUUUAGGUAGUGUACAGGCAGUUAAAUUCUAGCAAUGUAAUUCCUACCUCUAUUUCCAAGUGGGACUCGGAGUUGGUUUAAUGUGGAUCCGAAAUAUGUGUUAAUGAUGUUUGUAGUGUAUGUUUUAAAACGAUUAAAGAUGCUCAGUUACAAUGGUUACAAUAAAGAUAAGGCCAUGGA